CGUCUAAUUACUGCUCUGUCGAGUCGCGCAGCUCUGGGGGAGUCGCGCUUGUACCGAACGCUGCUAUACCUGCCUGACCGCUGUGAUACUUUAACAGGGCGCUUGCUAGGAGGAGAAAAAAAUAAAUUAAAAGUAGUUGUUCGCCUUCGAUGAUCACCGACCCCCCUUUCUUUGCUCUGGCUAUGUAAUAUUACGCUUCGGGGUCGGGACGUCGACAUCUCCGGAUCCUUAUAUUUAAAUAAUGUCGACAGUGGACCAUGGGUUGUAAUCCUAUAGCGCGAAGGAAUUAGUCGUGCCCAGGUCAUAUUACGUGUUGCGUUUUCAGGAGCGCUUUUUACACCCUGCCUUGAACAGGUGGAACCGCGUCAUUUCCCUGCCCCCUUCCCCCGGUCGUAUCGGCUACCAGCGGGCUUGCAAUGGGCAACCAGGUCGAGAAACUGACUCAUUUAAGUUACGCAGAAGUUCCGACGGCGGAUCCGAACGGGCUGGACCCCGAGGAGGACGCGCCGCGGAUCGGGGUGUCCUACAUCUUCUCCAGCGACGACGACGACCUGGAGGAUAACGUCGGGGAAACGGACAGGGAGCGCAACGAGGAAGAGGCGCAGUAUGACGGGCGCAACGAGGUGGAGUGCGCCGUCUAUUACCGGGACGACUGCGUCUACGAAAGGAGCUCAAAGACCGGGGACUGGAGCACUUACUCCCCGGAGAACCUGCUGAAUAAGUGCAAGCCGGGCGACGUGUUGGAGUUGGUGGCGACGGGCCAGUAUCCGCACUGGGCCGUGUAUGUGGGAGACUUUCAGGUUGUCCACCUGCACAGAGCCGAGAUAAAGAACAGCUUCCUGACGGAUGCUAGUCAAGGCAGACGGGGCAGGAUCGUGAACGACCUGUACAGGUUUAAGCCCCUGAGUCCGGACGUGGUGGUGCAGAAUGCCAUGGAGCAGGUGGGGGCCAAGGAGCUUAGCUGGAGGAACUCGGAGUGCUUCGCCGCCUGGUGCCGGUUCGGGAAACGCGAGUUCAAAAUCGGCGGCGAGAUACGCAUCGGCAAGCAGCCGUACAGGUUAAAAAUACAACUAUCCGAGAAAAAGAGCCAUGUGCUGGAGUUUCAGAGUUUGGAGGACCUGAUCAUGGAGAAGCGCAGGAACGAUCAAAUAGGGAAAACUGCUGUGGUCCAAGAGCUGGAAAACCAUCUAAACUGUACGGAUGAAACGAGGCACGAACAGGGUACCAACUGAUGGAUUAAAACCGGAGGACGGGGGGGGAGAAACUAAGAUUUAAUGACGUGAAUUAGGACGAGACAACAGGACUUCUGAAAAGCCCUGAAGUCAUGUGUAAACAUUUUUAAUUAAAAUUAUGGCACAGCCAGUGUCAUAAUGAAACUAGUCGCUGAUUGGUUCAGAUCAGUCAAUUAUAAAUAAAGCAAGCAGCGCACAUGGUUACUGGUGCAAAUACUCGCGAAACUCACAUUACUCCUUAUUAGUUACGGGGAUCUUACAUCCGUAUUAAAUGCGUUUUUUUAUGCUGUGACAAAAGCAAGGAUGAAACACACACUCCUUACUCUGACGAAGCGAACGGGAUUUACCGUCCGUAACUCUUAGAAAACACGAUGGUCUUGAAGAGGAGACAUCGUAAAGGUGAAUUCAUCGUGUUCCUUAAUAUUCCAUGAAUAUUUUUAUCUCCGAGAUAACGCUCCUUUUAUAGUUUUACUCCGUCUGUUGUUACUUUUCACUGGCACUGCUUAGAGCACUUUAAUCGACUAAUAAAUUGUUCGAAGAAUUCAUGUUCUGGACUUUAUCAUUAAGAAGCAGAUGCACUGAAAUAAUUGCCUUAUACACUUAAAAUUAUAUAUAGGCCUAUAUAUCUCCAGCAAUAAUUCCCAGAACUCCCAUUUGGAACCUCCACCUAUUUCCCCAGCACAUCUUGUUUGCUUACCCAAGGACUAAUUUAAUCCAGUUAAUUUAAUCAGAUGGUCAGGGUGGUGCGAUAUACCUCAAACUUGUACAAUAAUUAAAGGCCCCGAAACCCGCUCUUCAGGCGUGCUGUGCCGUUUUAGCACCUGCUCUUAGGGUGUGUGACUUAAGUGCUUUGAUCAAGUAACUUAGACCUCAGCAUAAACAUAUCACAGAGAACUAUGGCUCUGCUUUCCUCUUCCACUACAUGUUUGUGAUGGGAAAAGGUUUCGCUGACUGCCCCGUAGGUUCGUAAUUGACAGCACACGACCUGCUAUCGGAUGUCCGACAGAUCCUUUCGGUCGUAGAUUAUCUAGUUGCCAGUGAUCAACAGGUGGUUCGAGGUGACUUGUGGGGUCAUCUCGCCAGGUGCUCUCAAAGUCAGGCCUUCGGGUGUGCCACUCCGCUUGAUUGUGUAGGGGGUGGGGUUUGGUUAAUUAUUUUCCUCGCUGGUUAUAAUUAUGUUGCUUGUGAAGGAUCCUUUGUACAGUCUGUAAUUAAAAUGCUAGGUGAGAGGACAUUUCUGUGUUCCAGUGCCGUCAGCCAGGGUCUGCUCAGAAAAUGGUCUGGCCUACAGUGAGCUGCACUGGUUCAAGUGCCUUUGGUUACUGAUUUAGAAAACACACAGCCACUGUAGACUAUUCUUUAUGGAAGUAUUUAACUGGAAUGAGAGAACUAGCAAAGAAUGACUUGUUUGUUUUUAACUUGUUAAACUGUGCAUAAACUUUCCGUUCUGUCAAUUAUGA